CUGGCUUCAUACUACUCCCAAAACUGUCGCUCUGCAGCCGCCGUCUUCUGUGCGUGAUGACGUCAGACACCCGUGGACUGGCGGUCUGCCAUCUUUGAUUGUGAGACAGGCCGCGGCGCAAGCAGCACUCAACGAGAGCAGCACUGUCUCACACGAGAUAACGGGUGGGCAAAAAAAAAAAAAAAGACAAACACAAAUCGUGACCCUCUUAACGUCCAAACAACGGUGGAGACCCCGGGAAAGAAGAAAGGGCACCGUGUUGGCACAGAAUAGAUUUGAGGCCCGUGCAAGUCGAGAGGAAAUGGUUGGAUGCUAGCUACUGUACCACGCUACUUACCUAACUAGCUAUCGUUAGCAAGCUAGCCAGUUUUUGUAAUCCGCCGGCCACACACUCGGCUUGGAUACUACAAAACAAGCCGAACCCAGACGACAUACUAGAAGAAGAGAGACCGGCGGUGACAGGAGGCUGGUUCUGGGGGUGAGACCAGAGGACCAGACUCAAUGAGUUUCCAGCGAAAUGUCAGAGAAGUCAGGGCAGAGCACCAAGGCAAAGGAUGGCAAGACCAAGUAUGCAACCCUUAGCCUCUUCAACACGUACAAGGGCAAGUCUCUGGAGACCCAGAAAACUGCAGUGGCUGCCAGACAUGGGCUCCAGAGUUUGGGUAAGGUUGCUGUCAGUCGGCGCAUGCCCCCCCCUGCCAACCUGCCCAGCCUGAAGGCAGAAAACAAGGGCAACGACCCCAACGUUAACAUUGUCCCCAAGGACGGCAGCGGCUGGGCCUCCAGACCUGAGGGAGGAGACGAGAGGCAGUCCGAUACCCCCCCACCCCAGCCUAACCCAGGGCCCCCCCAACCCCCAGAGGUCUCGUCCUCUAUAGGGUGCAGCAGAUCCUGGGCCAACAGCAAGCCACCGCCACCACAGCUAGAUGGAGGAGCCCCUCGUGUGAGCAGCCAGUUCCACCAGGAGUUCCCCAGUUUGCAGGCGGCCGGAGAGUCGGAGAAAGGAGAGGGGCAGGAGGAGGAGCCUUAUGGACCUGGACCCAGCCUCCGACCUCAGAAUGUUGGUAGUUGGCGCGAGGGCGGGGGAAAGAAUCUGACCACCUCAGCUAGCCCUUCUGAGAUGGACAGCUGUGGGCCAGAGGAGGGAGGGGCAGCUCUCAGCACCCCCUCACCCCCUGGGGAGGUGGAGGAGAGGGGCAGGGUGCCCCCUAAUGAGAAGAAAGAGGUCAGGGAGAGGCUGCCCCUGUCUGCCAAGCCUGCAUCCCUCUCCUCUCAGCCCAAGCUACAACCCCCCUCUGUUCCAGCCCAGCCUAAACUCAAUGGUGGCCAGCAGGCCCCUGCCGGUGUGCCUCCCCAGUUCCACCCCCAGUUCAGGGGCAUGAUGCCACCCUAUAUGUUCAAUGCGUAUCCCAGGAUGCCCUUUACUCCAGUGCCAGGGAACAUCAGAUACCCUGUUCCACAGGAUGGAGCCAGGAGGGUCCGUCCCCAGCACGGGCCCCCCCAGGCCUGGAUCAAGGACCCAGAUAGACCCUCCAUCAUCAGUGCCACAGAGCUCAAAGAGCUUGACAACCUGGACACAGAGGCUGAUGAGGGCUGGGCUGGAGCUCAGAUGGAGGUCGACUACACAGAGAAACUCAACUUUAGUGACGACGAGGAGAACCAUGCCGCCAAAGAGAAAGGGGAAAACUGGGAGUGGAUGGGUAAAGUGGAGCUGAUGAGGGCACAGCGCCUGUCAGACGGCCAGGAGGGCAGCAAAGGCUCAUGGGUAGAUGGAAGGGACCCCAGGGUGCUUUCCCUAGGCAGUAAGGGGGUGUACAAGACCGGCCCGCCACAGGACCACCAGGGUCAGCUAGGUGGGCGCUCGGUGGGCAGCGGAGCCCCUCGCGUGGCCAAACCCCCCACCAUUGCUCCCCCUGCUGGUGAGGAGGAGUGCGAGGCCUGGCGCCAGAAACACAAGAAGCAGGACCUGUCGGAAGCGGUAGAAAGAGCCAGGCGGAGGAGAGAAGAGGAGGAGAGGAGGAUGGAAGAACAGAGACUCACCGCUUGCGCAGAGAAACUCAAACGCCUCAACGAGAAACUCCACCCGGCAACAGAUGCCAAGCACGGCCCUGCCGCCGAGACGACCAAUGAAGAGACUGGAGCUGUGUGUGAAGACACACCUCCUUUGUCUGUUCUUCCCCCUGUCUCUAACCCUGCACCAUCGCAGCCUGCCCCUUCCUCUCAGCCCCCGAACAUAUCAGCCCCUCUCCAAGACCGAGAGAGUGUGGAGAGGGAAAGGAUUGAGAGAGAGAGUGUGGCGAGGGAAAGGAUUGAGAGAGAGAGUGUGGAGAGGGAAAGGAUUGAGAGAGAGCGUGUGGAGAGAGUAGAGCCUAGUGUGAAGGAAGAGAGUCCGUUUGUGCCUCGCCAGCCCAGCCCUCCAGUCCAGAGACCAUUGUCCAUACCCCCAGAGCCUCGGCUCGGAGAGGGUCCCCUGCACUUGGUGGGCCCCCUGAGUGAGGUGAGCCCUCUGGUGGAGGAAAGCCAGACUGAGAGACUGACGCCCAUGCCUAUCAGAGACUACUUCAGCACCGAUGAGAGCAGAGUGGAGGAACCUAUGCCGCUCACACUGCCCCUUAUGGACCCCCUCAGUGGAGAGGACGCCCCUGUGGCCCCCCUGGACCUUGAGGGAGAGGUGGGGGCUGCCAUGCGCCCCUCUCUCACCUCUGGAUACUCGAAACAGUUCCAGAAGUCUCUGCCCCCGCGCUUCCUCAGGCAGCAGGAGCAGAUGAAGCAGCAGUGGCAGCAGCAGCAACAGCAGCAGGGGGGUGGUGGUGGGGCUGUGUCCCCAUCAGGAGGAGGUGCGGGUGGAGGAUGUGUAGCUGCCUCCCAGCAGCAGCACCGCUCCCUGUACCAGCCCGUCGGCCCCCCUCACCACCAGCAUCAGCAGCACCUGGCUAACAUGGGCUUUGACCCCCGCUGGCUCAUGAUGCAGUCAUAUAUGGACCCCCGCAUUAUGUCUGGAAGACCACCGCUCGACAUGCCAAACAUGCACCCUGGACCUGGGCGGAUUCCUCCUAAGCAGAUAAUUCGUAGAGAGCCAGGGGACAACUCCAGUUCUGACUCCUUUGACCACCUGUCCAGGCCCAUACGGGACCACAGUCUCCCUUCUGAACCGCGCAUAGUAUGGGGAUCUGACCCAUACCCCCAAUCUGAACCCCUUCCCUCUGUCACACCCCCUAAAGGACGGGAGGACGAGGACAGCAGACUGGACUCUGGGUUGGAGAUGGAAAGGGGUCUCCCAGCCAUGUACCCCAGCCAGGAUCACAAUCCCCUGGAACCCUGUGGCAAAUCAGACCUUUUCAGAGACCCCACAAAGCCACUGUCAGGAUUCGGCCCAGGCCCAGAGGAGGCUCCAGAACCCCUGCAGACAGAAAUAGGGCCUGGUGGGUCUCCCUUUGAGCCAGUGGAGCCUAGCCUGCCCACUGCAGAGGUGGAGUCUCUGGGACAGGCCAUGCUACAAAGAACCAUCUCCCAGGGCUCCAGCCACUCCCUCAAACUGGAUGAGCCCAGGUUCGACAGCCUCCACCUGGGAACAAAGACACUUGAGCUCCAGGAUCCGGAAGAGAGGCCAGGCGGGGAAGAUAUAAAGGCCAGUAAAGAGCCUUUCUCCCAGGCUGCUGUGACCGGGGACACCCCUCCAGCUGACGGCCUCCACAAGCUCGAGAAGCCGGCCCCCAGCAAGCAGAAGGCUGAGCUGCGCUGGGGAGGGAGGUCUGGGGCCGGCCGGAGGGAUGGACCAGGGGGAGAGAGGCCGGUACGCAGGUCUGGACCCAUUAAGAAACCUGUACUCAGAGAUAUGAAGGAAGAGCGAGAGCAGCGGGAGGAGAGAGAGCGACACCGUGAGAGAGGAGAAAAGGGGGAGAGACCCAAGAAGGAGGAGCGAGGAGGAGUGAAAGCUGCCUCCGCUGCUGCUGCGGUGUCUGAGGGCCCCAAGGACAGACCCCACGGAGAGAAGGAGAGGGACAGACCCCACGGAGAGAAGGAGAGGGACAGACCCCACGGAGAGAAGGAGAGGGACAGACCCCACGGAGAGAGGGAGAGGGACAGACCCCACGGAGAGAGGGAGAGGGACAGACCCCACGGAGAGAGGGAGAGGGACAGACCGCACGGAGAGAGGGAGAGGGACAGACCGCACGGGGAGAGGGACAGGGACAGACCCCAAGGGGAGAGGGAUGGGAAGAGUAAGGCCCCUGAGACAGAGGGGCCUGGGAAGGGCCUCCAGAGAUCCAGAGAUAUACAUGCCCCGAUACCAGCCUCCCAGGACGACAAGACAGACCAACUACCAACCAAUGACCUAAACUCUGAACCUAAAUUACCCUCUACGAAGGAGCCCAACCUGCCCCCACGGACCUACCGCCGUGAGGAGAGGGAAAGAGACCGGGAGAGAGAGAUGGAAAGGGACAGAGAGCGAGACUGGCCGGCUGAUGGUUUUAGAGGUCGAGGCAGAGGGGAGUACUACUCUCGAGGACGGAGUUUCCGGGGAACUUAUAUUGGUCGAAGUAGAGGUGGCCGGGGUCGUAGUCGAUGGGAGUACCCUUAUCAGGAGCCGUGCUCGCGCUCAGACUUUCCUGCCGUCAGUGGCGCUGCUGCCUUCCGCUGCCGUGAAGAGAGCGAGACGCGCAGCGAGAGCUCAGACUUCGAAGUGAUGCCCAAACGCAGACGGCGUCGUGGUUCCGAUACCGACUCAGAGAGCGAAGGAGGACGGGAGUCCGCUAGCGACACUGGGGCUUCAGACCGUGAGCCCAGUGUCAAACCACCCCGACCGCUCCGCAGGGAAAUACCAGGAGAGCCCCGCUCCGGACCACACAAACCUGGCUUCGGACCCCAUCACCUGGGGGAGAAAGGAGGGCCCAGGGGAGGAGAUGAGGGAAGGCCCAAGCCAGGCUUCCUGCCCAGAGGAGAUCCUUCACGGCGUGGGAGAGGGGGACUGUACAGCAGGCGAGGGGGAGCCAGGGAGAGAGGAGGUCCUAGGUCAGCUCCUCUCAGACGCCCAGGAACUAGAGAGUCGUCCUCCCAGUGGCCCUCUAAACCCAUGGAGACCUUCCGCCCUGAGGACACAGAACCCUCGUCAUCACGCUAUGACAACUGGGACCACCACUCUGACCGACGGCCCGUUCGAGGGGACAGAGACCGACAGUUCGAGGGGAAGAAGUUUGGGGAGGGGGGACCCCAGAGUAGCAGAGACAGAGAGAGGCCCCGUCGCCCUCGGCCAGCCCGACCCCCCAGACAGGACAAACCCCCCCGCUUCCGGAAGCUGAAGGAGAGAGAGGCUGCAGUCUUAGCUGGAGGAGACACAGGACCUGGACCCACCUCCACUGCCCCCAUCCCAGCCUUAGUGCCUGGCCCUGUCUCCCUGUCCCCUACUCUCUCAAGAGCUCCAGGGGCCCCCUUCACCCUGCCUGUAGAUAAGGAUCCCAAAGCCGCUGACCUAACCUCUGACCCAGCCCUGCCUGACGCCACCCCUCCCACCACCUCUGCCGUGGGCACCAAGUCACCUGACCUAUCCACGCAGAACUCUUCUGACCAGGCCAACGAGGAGUGGGAGACGGCGUCGGAGAGUAGCGACUUUAACGAGCGUAGAGAACGGGAGGAGAGGAGGGGAGCGCGGGAGGUUGCUAGCGGCACUGCCCAGACCUCGACACCAGCCCCCCUACCUCCUCAGGGCUCAGCACCCCCCAGCAGGACUCCCACCGAGGGAGGGGUGACACCCAAACGCGAGGCAGCCGGGCCCGCCGGGGGCAGGAGGAGUUUCUCCAGUCAGCGUCCGGUGGAGAGGCAGAACCGCUGGGGGAACAGCGGACCCAAACCAGGUCGCGGCUACGCAGGGGGGAAGGGAGAGAGGCGAGGAGGGGGCAAAGCUGGACGCAGAGGAGCGGCCCCUAACCCAGACUCAGCCCCGGGUGGGGGAGUGGUGCGUACUGGGGGUAAAGACCCUACUGGACGCAGGAAGGACGAGACCAAACAGAAACCCAAGGAGAAGGAGAACGCUCUGUUGCAGUUUGACCUAAACAACUAUGCCAGUGUGGUGAUCAUAGAUGACCAUCCAGAGGUGACAACCUUAGAGGACCCCCAGUCUAACACUACAGAUGACGGCUUCACUGAGGUGGUCUCACGCAAACAACAGAAACGACUACAGGACGAGGAGAGGAGGAAGAAAGAGGAGCAGACUACACAGCACUAUGGAAAGAAAGGAUCAGGGGAAAAGGGGAGAGGAGGAAGCAAGCUGCCACCAAGAUUUGCCAAAAAACAGCAGCAGCAUCAACAACAACCAUCACAACAACAACCACAGCAAGCCUCACAGCCGCAGCCUCAACAGCCCUCACCUCCCCCUCAACAACCCCAACCCCUCCUAUCUGCCUCCCAGCUCCCUUCCCCCUCCCAGCCUGCUGCCUCUCCCCAGACUCUGGAAGGCUCUGUGGCCACCCUACCCCCUGCCCCUACCACUGUGGACUUCACCUCCAAGACUCCCCUUCCCCCUGUGGCGCUGCUCACGCAGACCCACAGCACUCUCGGUACGGAACUCUGGGAGAACAAGGUGGCCGGAUCCACCAUACUCCCUGACGUCAAGAAACUUGGACCCAUCAGCCCUCCUCAGCCUCCUUCAGUCAGUGCCUGGAACAAACCUCUCACCUCCUUCACUGGGACUGUCACUCCUGAGGGUGUGAAGCCUGGCUCAGAAGGCAGUGUGGAUCUAGGGAUGGACAGUAUCCAGUUUGGAGCCCCGUCCUCAGCUGGCAGUACAGACAGCGAUGGUGUUCCAGCCAUGCUAGAGCCUGGACCUGACAACAAACUACCUGCUCCUAAAGAACAGAGACAGAAACAGCCCCGUGCUGGACCUAUCAAAACACAGAAGCUCCCUGACAUGGAGCCAGUAGAGCCUAAGGAGUACAAGCCUGGCCCUAUUGGUAAAGAACGCUCCCUGCGUAACCGCAAGGCUAAGGACGUCCGUGUGGGGGGCGAAGAAUGUCUUGAUGGGGGGAUAGUACCAGGUGGAGGGACCAACAGAGCAGUAGAUUCCAGCCCCCCCAACACAGACGCCUCUGUUCCUGAGCUAGGGGGCGAUAUCGAGGGGAUGAUCACCAUACCCUCGGCAGAGUACGCCAGCAGCUCCAAGGAGUCAGUGACCGACUACACCACCCCCUCUUCCUCUCUGGCGGACAGCGUUCCUACUGGAGGGAGUAAGAUGGAGGAGAGCCUGGUGGCCAACGUGGCCCUGCCUCACCCUCUCCCUCGUAGAGAGGCCUUACAGCAGAGCUCCAGCCUCAGUACUGUCUCUCCUGCUUCUGUUGACCUCACACUGAAGAUGGAGUCAGCCCGUAAAGCGUGGGAGAACUCCCCCAGCCUGGUAGAAAAGAGUUCUCCUGUCACCUCCUCUUCUCCUAUCACCUCCUCCUCCUACUCCUCCUUCUCCUCUGCCUCCAUGCCUCAGAUACCAGUAGCCUCCGUCACACCAAGCACUUCUCUGACAGGUGCUGGGACAUACACCACGUCCGCUCUGAGCACUAAGACCACCACGGCCUCUGACCCCCCCAACAUCUGCAAGGUGAAACCCCAGCAGCUGCAGACUGGAUCCAUGGGCGGGACCAGCUUCUCCCAGCUGGGCUGUGUGGCCCCCCUGCUUCCCCAGCAGCAACAGACUCCACAGGUCUACGUCUCCCAGUCUGCAGCAGGCUCUGCAGCCCAGAUUCCAGCGUUCUACAUGGACACCAGUCACCUGUUCAGCAACCCCCACUCCCGCCUGGCACCUCCCCCUCUGACACAGCACCAGCAGCAGGGCUACCAGCCUAGACUCUCACAGCAGCAGGCGGCAGUGCAGCAGAUUCCUAUCCCAAUCUAUGCUCCCCUACAGGGGCAGCACCAACACACACACACACACUCUCACCAGGCCCAGCUAAGCCUCAGCACCGGACCUCCCGUCUCCCAGCCACAGGACCUCUUCAGCUCCUCACUGCAGCCUUAUAGAUCACAGCAGGCCUUUAUGCAGAGCAGUCUGUCCCAGCCCAGUCCCAUGAUGUUAUCAGGGCCAUCUCUCCACAGCUACCCUGGUGUUGGGGGCCAUGACCUGGGCAAGCCCCAGUCCAGCCUGGCCUACCAGCAGCCCUCCAACACACACACACAGCACAUCCCCAUCCUGUUUGAACCACAGCUCAACCAGCCCUCUGGCAUGGGAGGAUCCCAGCUGAUAGAUACACACCUACUGCAGGUAUGGAAUAAGCGUCAGGGGAUGAGUCCACAUUCUAACCUGUACUCAGGACAGGUGCAACAACACGGACAGAGCAGUUACUAUAGUAACACACAGUCUCCAAGCUCUGCCAUGCAGCAGGUGCAAGUCCCUAUGCCAGGCUCUCAGCUCGGUCUUCCUAACUAUGGUUCCGUGGGCAGCCAGCCCCUCUUGGCUCUGCCCCCCACCCCUCCCCAGGCGCAGCCCCCUAGCCUCAGCCGCCAGCCCCCAGUCUCCCAGCCCUAUAGGGGACCCUUCGGACACACACACAGCGUGAUGCACCCCCCCUCCAGCAAGAUGUGUGAGAUGGACCUGAAGCUGUUUGGCAGUGGGAUGGACAUGAAGCCUGGGACAACUCCUCACAGCACUAGGAGCACUACCCCUACAUCUAGUCCUUACAGGGCCAGCUCUACAUCUCCCAACAGCCAGUCCAGUAAGAUGAACAGCAUGCUGUACCAGAAACAGUUCCAGCCCACCUCUGCUGCCAUGAGGAUCACACAGCACUUUCCUGGACAAUUCAACCCACAGAUUCUGUCCCAGCCCAACCUGGUCUCUCCUCUGGUGCGCCCUCCCUCCCACACCCAGCAUGCUAACUCAUUUUGUGGAGGGAUGCAGCGUUCGCCUAUGGGCCCACCCCCCAUGUCUCCCUCUCUGGGAGGGGGUUUGAUGCCUCACCCCCGGCCACCACCGCAGCAGCAGUUCCCCCAGAUGCACCCGUCCCACCCCCCUAGAGGUCCUCUUCCCCCCCUCGCACCCAGAGGCCCUACAGGUCCCAGAGGCAACCAGGCAGAGCAGGACCUCAAGGCGAAGCAGCGAGCCGAGGUGCUCCAAUCGACUCAUAAGUUCUUCUCAGAGCAGCUCAAGGCUCCGUCAGUCUCCAAACCCUCUCGUCUCGACCAGGGGGGUGGCAAACCCCCCCUCGACAUCCUGCCCCCCAACCACCAGACGGUGGGAGUUGUGGAGCGCCCUGAGCCCGACAAACCCUCCCUGUCAGCGGGCAAACCCAUCCGCACCGGCCCCAUCAAGCCCCAGGCCAUCAAACAAGAGGAGGGGAAGUAAAGCCUCACACAUCUCCACAGAUGGAUGGAUGGGAGAGAGAUGAUCCAGCUGCUCCACAUAUUCAUGCAAUCACUCGCUCACACAUCACCCUCUCUGGUGUUAGAGGCGGAGAAAGAGAGGAGAGGUGGGGGUAUAUUAGUCAAUGGUUAUUGAGGGGGCCACUGUGUGUGUGUGCGCUCCAACCUCAUCUCUCUCUCCCCUUCUCUCUUGUCCUCCACUAUUGGGGGUCUGUGUGUGAUUUUUUUUUUUUUUUAAGCCCCGCCUUUUGUAAUUUGGGCGGGGCGGAAGACGGCAAGCUGUACUUCAAUUGUCUACUAGGAUGGUAAAAAAAGAUUGAAUGGAGAAAAAAGAUUUGCCAGUUUGCCAUUUUUAUAGCCCUAUGAUUUCUGUUCCUUUCUUUUUCACAAUAGAAUCACGUUAUUAGGAGGACAGGGCUGUUCUUUUUGUUAACAGGAGAAUCAAGCAAUCUUGUUUUUGUAGUUGGAUGAAACAAUCUUAGUUAAAGAUGUAUUUUAGUGAAGCACAGAUGCGUUCUAUUCCUCUGCCAGUCUUCCAUCCAUCAUUGCUAACACACAGCUGUGUGACUGUAUACAAGCUUGUACGAUCACCACACACACAAACUCCCUCUAGCGCUCAACGCUUUCACCAAUAUUCACUAAAGAGUGAAACUAUGAAAUGAGGGUUUGUCUCGAAAGGAAAUGUAAGAUGCAGCAGUUUAAUUGAUUAGUCUGCCUUUUCUCUUGCUCGUAUCUCUUUGAGCGGAAUGAUAAAGGUGGUGUUUGUGUGUGUUUGCGUGGGGCACAUGGGAGGCCACUGCCCGGUUUUCUCCUGUAUCUUUAGCCAAAGGUUAAGCGUGCAAAGAUGAUUUCACAGAGCCUUGAGAAUCCCUGUUGCUAUGGCAGCAGAGUGGAAGGGGAUUUAUUAUGGGCUGUCUGUAAAUGGACAGACAGACCCUGAAUUCAGUCUGGGAGCUUUCCUCCUCCCCUUUGAGAGAGGAGGAUAGAAUACCUCUUCACCACUGUUCACACACUCACUCACUUGCCUGUAGGGAAACCAACCCUGCUGCUACUAACAGAAAGGGAGUGAGUACGAGUUCAAAACUGUAGAAACAAAACAGUUCAGUGUGGCUUUCUGUUAACCCUCACCAAGAGGGAAAGGGAGACGGAAGGGGGAGAAAUAAAACAAAAUUAGAAAUAGCUUUGUGUUUGACUGCAGACUGCAGUUCUGCUGCAUUUCAGGGCAGAAGGACAGGUGUUAGUGUUGAGAGAUUAUUCCUGUCUCAUCUCACUUCCACUCACUCAAACCUACACCAUUCUCAUCGCAGGUUUACCAUGGUGACAAGGGUCCUUCAGAAAUGUACAGUAGUGUGCUCCACUAGUGGGGAGGGGUAUACCCCUAACCAGAACACAGGAUGAGGAACCUUGUGUAGGAGGACAGAGUUGGGGGGUAAUUGGUUUGUUUUUUCUUUUACUUGUACAGGGGGUACAUCGCUGUAUUAAAAUAUGUACGGUCUUACAUUCUUGGUUUUAGUUAAACUAAUAAAAUAAUAUGCUGUUUAAAAAGUG